AUGCUUCAUCCAACGCCGCCGCGAGGCACAAGGAGGCGUGACAUAGACGACAGGUACCUGGAGCAGCUCCUCUCGCAGGUGCAGCGAGGGGAGACGGAGGUCGGGGAGGCCCUGGAGAAGCUGAGGACGCUCCCCUUUGAGGACUUGGGCUUUGCCAAAGUCGACCAUCAUCGCGCCAUUCGCACAGGCUUUCCUGAGGUUGUGUACGCCCCGGGGAAGACCCCGGAGCAGCUGUCCCGGAUUGCCAUGAAAAUAUCUGAGACCUCCUCCAAACUCCUGAUAACCAGGGCAGGGGGCGAUGCGUAUGAGAAGGUCAGGGAAGCGCUGCCGGAGGCCCGUUACAGCGAGGUUGCGAAUGUCAUUGUGGUGGACCGGUCGUCGGGGGGGGAGGAUGUACCCGUGCCGGGUGUGCUGACCGUGGCCGCCGGAACGUCCGACCUGCCGGUGGCGGAGGAGGCGGCCCUCACUGCGGAGCUGAUGGGCAACUCUGUGGAGAGGUGUGGGACGUGGGCAUAG